UCCGGUUAUCCCCCUUCGGACGUACGGGGUACUUAACCCUGAUUGCGCGUCCGUCCAUGGUUCUAUUUUCAAACAACGCCGGGAACCCGGACGGCUGGGAGGAGCGGUUCUUUCUCGCCGAAGUAGGCUCCCCGGAGCCAUUCUCCGAUAGGUGGAACGUCUACCCGGUGAAGUCCAUCCCGCCGCCUAUGACGGAUGAGGAGCUUGGAUAUGCCAAGCGCAUAGCUGGUCUUGGCGUCCAGAACCUCCGGUCGCUGGUGGCCGAGCCUUUCAAGGCCCGGGCCGGGCUAGGAGUUUUCCCAUCCACAUCAUCCAUGGGACGUACCAAC